AUGCCUGAGACGUGCAGAAAUGCCCGGGAUGAGGUGGAGGACCUUGAGAUUGAGCAAGGGCCCAAGUCAUUCUUUCCGCUCAAUGAGUUACGAAGUUUCUUCAAAGAACAAAAGAUCCGAGAAAUCCUAUUGUGCGAGUGCACACAAUGUAAAGAGGACCUGCGAAUGUUCAAUAGUCGCAUCGACCGAGAAAAUUACGUCGACAUGAUCAUGGGAGGCCCAGAGCCUAAAGACCUCACCAGGACUUACUACAGUGUGUUCGGCCUUCUUGUCUAUGUAGAGCACCCCUUGUUCAUCAUUGGGUUCCUGGACCACAAGUGUAACGACUAUAUCUUGGAGUCUUGGGCAACCUUCUCUUCGGACCUCUCCCCUGACCGUUUAAAGACAUUCACGGGGGAAUAUAAGCGAAACGCAACAAGAUUCGAUAGGUUUGCAAGGAAGUUCACUGCAAUUCUUCCCCGGUUCGCUAUACCUCACCUGGAGCCGGACCGAUUCUCGCAGUAUCAUGAGAGUGUCGUUUUGCCAUUCAUAGAAGAAGUAGAGAUCGGCAAGAGACGAGCUGACGACGGCCAUUUGACAUCGGAGGGUGCGAAUGGGAGAGUAUUCGCUUUCAAAAUCCAGCGCGAAUACAAUCGUUUUCCACAUUCUGGUUCGAAGACCGAGUUUGCGCGGAAACGCAUCGAAACUACCCAGCCCCUAGCAUACCUAGAGCGCUCGAAUAUUCAGUACGUGCAGCAGUUUGAAGACGACCACAUCGUAAAGCUCAUCAAGGCCUACGGCCACGGCGAAAGUAUCAACCUCAUUUUCCCACGAGCUUGGACAAAUCUUGACCACCUUCUCCGCGACCGGCUGUUUGGGUACGGUGACAAGAGAGGUGCGAAACUGGAGUUGGCAGAUGCGUGGAAGCAGCUGCUUGGAAUAUCCAAAGCACUGAGAAAGAUACAUGGUUUCGGUAACAGCAGGGCAAACGGUGGUGUGGACGAUCAAUUAUGCAUCCACUUCGAUCUGAAGCCGGACAACAUUUUAAUCGAGCGAGAAGAUGGCAACUGGCUGAUAACGGACUUCGGCCAAGCUGCGCUCACAAGGCGCCGAAGAGGCACAACACCCCGCGUAGGUGGUCACUUCGGGACCGAUGCAUAUGCACCACCUGAAAUCGACGAUACGAGCAUGGAGUUCGGCCGCGCUUACGAUAUUUGGUCGCUGGGUUGCAUCAUGUUGGAGGUCGCCACCUUCAUGGUGCUCGGUCAUGCCGGUCUGAGCGGCUCCGGCAGUUUCGUAGGCUUAGACCAGACACGUCAAGCAAUGCCAAAAUGGGCGAGGAAUAGUGACGAAAGAUUCUUCUGCCAAGAAGUGCCGAAUGGAGAAUACGUUGUUAAGAAAGAGAUCCAAGCAUUUAUGGUCAACCUGGAGAGCAGCCAUGCACGCUCGUCAGACUGUGAUGACGAGAGCAAAGCGUUCUUGAAGAAGGUUAUAGGCCUGAUCAACCGCAUGUUGAAACCGAAGGUGACGGAAAGAGUGGACAUUACGAGGGUCGUCGAAAUCCUGUCGAGCGCCCGCAGAAGAGCUUCGGCAGGCGUAAUCGAGCAGAAACCACAUCAGGUCGUAGCUGAACCCGGUGAACACAUCCUUCAAGAGUCGGAGUUGAGCCGGAUCGAACUUUUGCACUGGUCAGCGGCGAACAAAGAGUGGGAGGAAUGCAAGUUGGCAAUCCUGGAGAGCGAGGCUGGAUUCAUGCGCCUGCACUGUUGGGCCCAGGGACACAUACCGAAAGACAUCAAUCUCCCCCGAAAUGGUGUUAAGAUGCUGCCUCUUUACGCGUUUUGGGAUCCGAGCAAAAUUCGAGGCUCAAAGGCAUGGAUUGACCUCUUGGCCUUGAGCGCUGAACGUUGUUCGGCGAUUCCCAAUGCCAAAUUCGCUUUCGAUGGAGGUUCUGGUCUUGACGAAGCACGGCUGAUCCAAUCCGUCCUUACUUCGCAGGACAUUGUGGGUAGCUUUGCGCUCAGUCGCGUCAUGAUGAGCAGACCGAGCUCGGCUACAGCAGCGCUGAGUCGAGCUUAUCGCAGAAUGAGAUCCAGCAAUGCCAAUACACCUACAGAAGCCAACAGUAGGUCGUUCGACAUGAAUUCUGCAACAGUUCAGAUCUGGGUCGAGCAACAGGAUGCAUUACCGACACACAUGACGAGAAGAGAAUCACAGGGAUCGCAAACGACUACUGUAGGACGACCUGUGCGACGUUCUGAUAGAGACAGAUCAAAAGUCCCGCCCUGCCGACUGUGCAUAUACCUCCAUGAGCCACAGUUCAUUUGCACGGUCAGGAUCGAUGUGAACUGGGUGCUGGAAGAAGGAACCUCCAAUAACAAAGUGCAUCUCAGACCACGCACUUCAGGAGGCUCUGGCACAUUCUAUGCAUCGUGGCUUCGGCCAACGCCCAACGAGCGCGCUGCUAAGCGUCCGGCGGGAAUACCUCUGGACCCGAGAGUGCUCCGCUACUACGAAGAUUCAGACAGCAUUGAGCUUGAAGAUGUCGAGUUAACCUUCCUGAACGCAGACGUCUUAGCAGCUUUCAGAUCGAAGUAUGAUGACACGAAGGAGGCCUGGGCCAACGAGCGUACAGCGAAAGAAGACAGAGCCGAGGUGAAUGGGAAGCCAGAAGGUACUCCACGGGUUCCCGACGGCGCGACUCGUCUUCCGGUACCGAGAGUAAGGGUCUCCAUAUUCGCAGGUACGGCCGAGGAGGAGGACUCUCAAUCAACUUCCAGUGCAAGUGCCACUCGAAGCAGGCAUGAUUCCACUAUGGAAAAUCGAAUUGGACCCUUACAAAACCCCAGUCUCCUUAUUGUUCCGCCAAAUCAGUGA